UCAUUACUGAUUUUCAUUAAUGGAAAUAAUAGAAAAACUAUACAGACAUAAAGAAAACAUGCAUAGACAAUUGAAUUGUAGACAUAUCUCUAGACGACUUAAUCGAUCCUAAACCUUGCAAGUUGUGAGUGAGCGAGUGACAACCAAGAAGCCGAUGAAGCUCUGUGAAAGCCACGAUCUACAUAGUGUACAUACAAAAUUGUGACGGACUGGUGAACAUAGUUUCUAAUUCAGACUUAAUGCUUGUUUGUCACACACACUAAAUCUGACCACGAAUCUUUUCUUCAAUGUUUGUUCUUUGUUGUGGUAGGUUAACAGCUAGUUGCCUUAGUGCCUAUAUCCUGUCGUACCAAGUGUAAUGGUUUCAAAGCGUAGAGCAGUUUUAGUUUUCAUUUCCGGCUGUAUUUUGAUCCAUGGGAUUCUCUUCAUUCAGAAAUUUAAAGAGCAUAUAGGCCUACCAGUGCAUUAACUUAUCAUAAGUAAACUAAACAAGAUAUACUCACAAAAAUUAGUACCACAACAGAAUGCACAAGGCUCAACGUUACUGAUCAACAACGUUCAAGAUUAUCUUCAGUUCCGUGUCCAGUUAGUCGAACGAUUUGACUUGGUCAAUUCUGUGUAUGGCUCAAACCAAACUUGCCUACAGAUCUUGUCUAGACCUAGAGACUACUGGCGCAGUGCUACCAAUGGGAGUUUCACAGCUGAGCAAGAUCACCACAGAAUGACACUCGCUGUCAAUUGUGGAGCGCAGUGGAUCAGAGAGUAUUUGACUACACCACCAAAAGACGCAUGGUACGAUUUUGAGAGAGAGUAUCUGAUGGAUUUGCCGAUUACCGAUUUAAAAAAGGCUUCGAGUUUCGUUUUCUCCACAGCUCAGUUGCUCAAUGCCAGCACCAACUUCAUCAUUGGUGACGUCGUAGCAGUCCUAGUAACCAUCAGAGACGGCUACGACCAACGGAAACACAAAGGCGGCGAUGAAAUUACAGCGUGGUUCAAUGACAUUCAACGCGACAGCAAGAUGGCCGCAAAAGUUACAGACUUCAACAACGGUACCUACCUAAUCAGUUCCGUACUGCCAUGGCAAGGUACGCUCAGGUUAUCUAUAGAAUUGACUUACUCCCGGGAGUUCUUCAUGGCCUUGUUAACGAGCCAUCUUUUAAUCAAAGCUUUCCAACAAACUAUUGCAGGAUUUGCCAACACUAAAGCCAAUGAGUCGACACCUUGUUUUAACACCCCUGUAUUGCCUGGCUACAACGCAAGUGAAGUCUGUAACUUGACAUCUUUGAAUGGAUCGCCAUGGUUUUGUGGUCUUCCUGUGAAGAAAGAGCUGACCUGCCAGGACUAUAAGUGGACAAGACUACUAUUUAACAAUGCUGACGCUCCACUGCUGCCAGCAGAGUUGUCGAUACUUCGUGACAGAAGGUAUGGCCUAAUAGGAGUCAAAGAACCAAUACUAAUCGAUGUUUUAGCACCUUCAAGUUCGUCCCAAGACAAGCAGAUGAGAAUUGUGCCUUUGAUUCCAUGCCACCAAGUUCCUGCCAGAAAAACAUGGGAACAGGAAGAGUCAGCGGGAUAUUUCUAUGCUGACAUUGGAUGGGUGUCUUUACAGUGCUACCCCGGGCAUGACUUUGAUGCUGCAUGUCGCAAAGAUGUUGAGAUUUUGUUCCUUGGAGACUCCAAUUUACGAGGACACUAUUACAUGGCUGCAGACGCUAUUCCAUGUGAUCACAUUCUGAAAGCUGCCUCUGAGAAGUGGCACAAGCCUCUCUUGUGUCUGGACAAAGAGAACAACGUCACCUUAAGAUGGCUACCUCAUUCCAACCCUUUUAAAACAUAUGCCACUCAGUGGGCCGACCCUCUGAAUGAUUUGAUUCCUUCCAAUGUUGCCAUUGACAACAUUCCCACCACUGGCCGUUAUAUAGUGGUCUUGAACCACUACCUUCACAUUACAGGGCAACAUAUUAGUGCCUACGUGGACAAGAUGAUCACCAUCAAAAACUCCCUACUAAAUGCCUUUGCCAGGAAUCCCAGUAUCACUGUUGUCUUACAGGGUCCCCAUAUUGUUACUCGUGAGGGCAGCUACAGGGGCGGCGACAUGAUGAUCCGUUUCAUCAAUCGAAUCCACAUGGAUGUAUUCAAAGAGCUGAGAGACAAAGUCCUGUACUAUCCUGUGCUGGACAUGACGAUAGCCAGCAGGAACAACGACACACACCCAGAGGCCUAUGUCCGCAGAGAGUGGACCAGAUAUCUGUUUGCACUCAUGUGUAACCGUUUGAAUGGAAGCUCUUGAGAUUUUAAUGACAUUUGAAAGAAAGGCUUCGAGUGUGGAGUUUGCCGAGUCAGAGAGCAUACGGGGCUUCUCCAUCGUGGAUGUUAUCCAGGCCUGAACAAGUUGUUGUGGAUAGUGGUCCAGUGCAUGAUGGUCAAUAGUUGACUUGGUACUUACUUUGCACAGUUCAGGCCGAACUUCGACUAACUGGGAGACUGAGGAAACGGUCUCAUUCUAUUAACAAAGCUUCUAUCAACUCUCUUAGUCUGUCAGUUUGGUAAAAUGCUUGUACACGUUUUUUUUUCAUACAUCUAUUCUCGGAUCAAGCUGAAAUUUUACACAAUUAUUUCUUUUACCUGACAAAACAAGAAUCAAUUUUUAAAAUUGUAACCUAUUAGUUAAUUAACUAUUGGUAAUUAAUUAUUUUGUUUGGUAUCUCGAACAAGGGAAAACCAUUGUACUUGACUGAAGUGGUGGUAUAAACUGAAUUAGCCCCCUUUAUAGGUCGCCGCUCUAAAUAGAAACAAAUAAUAUAUAACUAUACAAUCUUCUCUAGUCAUAAGUACCUCACAAGCAGAGUUGUUAGAACAUCGUCCCGAGGAGGCGUGAGCCACUAGAUCGAAUUCCGGUAGUCCCCACCCUCUUUUUCUUUGUUUGAUAUUCUAAAAGCUUUUGAAAACCAAUUACGGUAAAAAUCCACCCAGAUAUUCCUUUCUUUCUCCCCCUCCCAAGUUUCUUAACUAGUCAUAGCAUAUUGAGAAAGCUGAAAGCAAGAAAUGGCUUUAAACAAAAACAAUGUUGGCCUAGAUGUAUUGCAAAUGUAAUUACACGAAUGAUCCAAAUGUCCAAACUAAUUGAUACAAUUACACAUUUUGUAAGCGUUUUUUUUUUUAAGUAUUUUUUUUGUUGUUGACUGCCCAAGACUCAUCGAAUUCUCGGUGAAUUCCGAAUGCAUGACCUAUUCCCAAACGCUGGGUUUACAUCUAAAGCUUUUAAUUGAGAAGUUUUGAGACUCUAAGGCAGUGUUUCCCAAAUUGUGUUCCGCGGGACCUUAAUGUUCCGCGGGGCGUGAAUAUGUGUUCCACGAACUACUGGUAUAAUUAACUAGUGGGCCACCGCGUGUAUUAAUCUCUCUAAAAAGAAAUAAGCAAAGAGUGCUCUGAUAAAUACUCAGAAUGUGCGAACUGUUCCGUUAAGGGAAAUAGUUGAGAAACACUCCUCACCCAAAGGGAUGUAAUGAUGAUGAUGACGCUGAUCGUGCGUGUUCCAAUUCUUUUAUUGCUUCAAAGCAUUGUACAACUCUAGAAAGUGAAGGGAACUAAAUUAUUGAUUUUGUUUCGUUUUUUUUUUUCAUUAUCUGGUUGUUACUUUACCAUUUCCUCGGCUAGAAACAGAGAUAAGUAUAUUGUUAGUUGUUGUAGGAUAUGACCUAUAUGACUAUAUGUAGUGGGUGUGAAUCUAGAACCAAACUAUUAUGUUUAGGACAGUCUGGACGGAUAUAAUAGAGGCUAAAUUAGAAAAGACUGUAAACAGACGAGACAGGCUUUUAUCCCGGAUUUAAAAUAAACCUAUUAUAUUAAACCUAAUAUUAUUUAUAAAUGUCAUAAUUUAACUCGCUAGUAGAAUUGAAAUAGAUUAUAUCACAAUAUACACGUAUAUUCAAAUUUAACGAACAUAAUCUGUGGGAACAGCCAAGACGGCACUAUGUUACGGGCAGAUAUGUGGACAUCUUUCUGAGAAGGAUGCCUUGAGUUCAAGGUACUGAUGGAAAAAAAAGAGUUAAAUUUAAAAAAAAUGUGUGUUCCAUCGUACGCAUGAUUUCCUAGAGCAGUGGUUCCCAAACUUUUUCCUUAACUGAAAACCUCACCCACUCUGAGUAUAUAGCCGAAC